AAAUGCAUCUAAAUUGGGGGGAGAGGGGGGUGUAUAAGCAAGAUAUCACAGUAUGCCGCUGCCUUUUCAGGUUGUUUUUGUGUUAUGACAAACCUUUCAAAAAUCAUAUAUUGGCACAGUCCAGUCGUGCUUAAGUAAUAAUCACAAUAAUCGUGUGUAAAAAAAUGCUCAUUUGAUAUUUUAGACUAAAUUUUCAUGCUCAUUCCCGUCGCUAGAUGUCAUAUCGGAUCGCUGGCUCACAGAAACGAGCUGGAAAUCCAGCUCCAGGUUCUAUUUAUACGUGCGAUUUUGCUUGCUGAUUUUUUAAGAUAGAUAAACUAUGACAAGAAACAAAAAAAAGGUUUACCAUGUGACAUUUAGCGAAAGCUCGAAUUCACGAUCAAAAUUCAGUUCAAAAGUAAACAAAGCAAUUGUCAAUUACUGGUUUAAAUUCCGUUUAUAAGAAGCGUCCUUUCGAUAACUGUUAGUAGUUAAAUCAAUUAAAAAGUUAAUUAUCUCAGAAAAAUGUGUAUUAGAAAGAAAAACAAUAAAAGCUGGUAACUGUAGGGAGUCAAAAAUAACAAUAAUACGUGUGCAGUUAUUAAGAUGAUCAAGUCUCUGGGGACCAAAGCGUCUCUGAGAGCUCUAUUGUUAUGCAUAGACCUCGUGAAAACGAGCAAUUAAUACAAAUACAACACAAAAAUGAUUGCUUAAGUACAUAGUUAACACCGACCUAAAUUUUUCACUGUUUUAACUCGCGCAAGAAACAUAUCGCAUACCAAACGAUUACCCUCGAUGAAAUGAAGUUUAUCACGCCGUAAAAUGGAUGUACGUUUGAAAGCAAGCCCUCAGAUGUCUCCGAAUAAAGUACCGUAUCCAAGGAGCCAGCCGACGCUCAACAGAACGAAUUCAAUUCAAGAAAACAGAGAAUCUACAUCCACGAAAGAAAAAACACUUUGGCAUCAUGGCAAGGCAUCGCCCCUAAAGAAUCCUCUGCCGCCUGCAGUAAGCAACAGACCUGCUACUAACGACCAGAUACACGGCGGGUUAGUGCUGGAAACGGACCAACCAAACAAUGUUGACAAAUCAUUUACGGCAAACAUUGAUAAUUAUCGGUUGAAGAAAAGAAUUCUUAAGUCCCCGCUUUCGGAUAUGUACUGUACAGGCCAGCGACUUAUGGGUAACUCAGUGAGCGAGAUUUCUAUGGACGUGGACGUUACUGGUCAAAGGGGUACUAAGCAACCGGCGCCCCCAAGGCAUGCCAUUACCUUGAACAAGCUGUACUCUUCUUUAAAGAAGUUGAAAUCCAGACACGAAACGGUGAAUAGAACACAAGCAAAGUGCAGGAACUUUCCCUUUAAAACAAGCAAAGGAUUCAACAUCCACCAAAACUGGAACGACGAUGAAAUUUUUAUUCUUCUCGGCGGUAAAUCAAAACCAGUUCGCUUCGAAGUGAAUCCUACCAGCCUGAGUCUAUUAGAAAGUGAAUUUGGUUUGAAUUUGAAAACUAGAGAGCCAAAUUGCGGUUUUGACGAGGAAGACAUUGAACUUCUUCGCAAAUUUAGGGAGAAAUAUCGACACGGCAUUUCUGGUAAAGAAAGUCCUUUUGUCCCAUGGGCCAGACACGCGAUGUCAAAACAGAGCACUGCCCAAGUGAAAAAGACGGGGGUCCCUUCAGCGACACACUCGAUAGAGAAGGAAGAGUAUGGACGAAGGCUUACAAUACACGUGUACCUACCAAACGUACUAAUGGAUAACUCUACAAAUUCACCCUUGCAGGAAAAUGAGAAAUAAAAAGAGAUUGAGAUGAUUUUUCAACAGCCUAUCUUUUCAAAUAAAUGUGGUAUAGAUAUGGCGUAAAGACAUCGUGUCUACAUCCCCUCUGUUUGGUGGCUGUGUGUCUAAAGUUAGGAAAUAGUUUUAAAACUUGUAGCUGCUUUCUACAAAUAUGUUACCUUGGUUCCAGAGCCUCGAACGUCUUUCUAUUUAGUGGCCAGCCAGGUUGAGACGAUGGCCACUAAAUGGAGAGACGUUCGAGGCUCUGGAACCAGGGUACAAAUAUGUGUGUAUGAAAAUAACGCAGAGGUGUGAAGGGUGCCAAUUAAGAAAUAGCAAAUUGAAAAUUGAAACAUUUAACGUAAACAGAUAGUUUUUAAAAAUAAACUUCAGUUUUUAAAAUCACAGUGAUUCGGAUUCAUUUCGAGAAUAUGUAAAAAAUAGCAAAAUAGGAGAAGGUAGGGAAAAAAAUUAG